ACUGCUACACACAUAUACAACAGACACAAGAAAAAAACCAAAAAAAAAACAACAUAUCCUAUAAUGGACCGUCUUCAACGCACCAUCUCGGAUAUUUCACACCAAAUAUCCAUAGACGACACUCUAACAAAAGAACCAUCUCCAACCGCGACCGCAACAACUUUGUUGUCUUUAUCAGCGAUAGCCGAAGUGGAAGAUGCAAAGUGCGAAUGUUGUGGCAUGUCUGAAGAGUGCACGCCGGAGUACAUACACCGUGUGCGCUCAAAAUUCACAGGGAAGCUGAUUUGCGGGCUGUGUGAAAAAGCGGUGGAGGAGGAGAUGGCGAAGUUGAUCAAUAGUGAAGUGGUGGUGGAGAAGCGGCGAGAGGAGGCAGUGAAGGCACACAUGACCGCAUGUUCCCGGUUCAAUAGGCUAGGCCGGAGUUAUCCAGUGUUGUACCAAGCAGAAGCGGUCAAGGAAAUGCUGAAGAAGAGGUCUAAGAAGAUAGUUGGAGCCACCAAGCCAGAGAAAGGUGGCCUCGCUAGGAGCUCAAGCUGCAUGCCGGCUUUGGCUAAGGAGCUUAAAGAUCGUGGCUUAGUUAAUUAGUUUAUUUGUAUAUAUAUACUCACGUUACGCGUUUGUUACUAUAUAUAUACGUACAGAAUUGAAGUUAUAUUCACAGAGCCAGGGAGAUGUAUAUGUAUUAAAUAUUAAGUGAGUUAUAUAAGUGUACGUAGUAAAAAUUAAAACUGAUGCAAGUUUUACGUGUGUAAAUAGAUAUAUUUUCCCCCCGUAUAACCAAACGUCCUUUUAUC